AACUACAUACAACCGGCUCAAAACGUAAGCUGCUGGUUCUUUGGCUUCCUCCUCCGGCUGCAGCUUCACUUCAGUUUGCUUUGAACUCUUUGAGGUGGUUUUAUAUUCUUCUGUCUGUUGUCUCAGCUUCCUCGUCAUGCUCCAUCGUUGCUUUCUCGUAAUCGGUGUCCUGCUCUCAUUCGCCACCUCUCGGCUGGUGGCGAUGGAGUCCUGUCCGGCGACAGGGAUGCCUGGGAUGCCAGGUAUUCCUGGGCUGCCAGGCAGAGACGGUCGUGACGGACACUACGGACAGAAAGGACAGUCAGGAGCAGCGUGGCACGGCGGCCUCGGCCCUCAGAAGGGAGAGAAGGGAGAGGCGGGCCCGACGGGGUUUCUUGGUAAACGAGGACAGAGCGGGGAAGCGGGUGAAGGAGGACCCUCGGGGAUGGUUGGACCUUUAGGGGAACCCGGAGAGAACAAGGGUGUGACUGUUGGAGUCCAACAGCAGGCGGCCUUCAGCGUGGCCCGAGGAACCAACGAAUACCCGGAGAGAUCUAACGUCAUUCGUUUCACCAACGUCAUCACCAACAUCAACGAUGACUACGACACCGCGACAGGACACUUCAGGUGUCGGGUCUCGGGAACGUACUUCUUUGUGUACCACGCCUCUUUAGACGAACGGCUGUGUGUGCUGAUGAAGCUCGACCAAAAGCUGCUGACAUCGUUCUGUGAUCAUCGGCGCACCAGGAGACAAGUGACUUCAGGGAGCCUGGCGGUCUACGUGUAGGAUCAGGAGGUUUGGCUGGAGACUAAAGACUACAGAGGGAUGAGAGGAAAACGUGAAGGUUACAGCAUCUUCUCCGGCUUCCUGUUGCACCCUCACUGACCGCCAGGAUGGGAAACACAAAACUGCUUUUGUCCUCAACGUCCAAUAAACAGUUUUACACUUUA